AAGUUCCAGUGAUGAGCAAUGUUGCCACUAUUGUAAUAUGGUGUCGCUUCGGUUUUAUUAUUUCAUAUUCAUUUCAAUUCAGCAGGUUUCGCGUGAAGUUAGCAUUAAGUACUGUUAACAUGUCAAUCAUAAGUGAUAUUUAAUUUGUUUAAAUUCGUAAGUCACAGAAGUGAAACAUUUCCUCGUCGACACGACAUCGACGUCUACAGUUCCUGCUGAACUCCACGUUAUAACCUUUCAACUACGUGUUUUUAAUACAUAACAGUGCGGGUUAUUAAAACAUGGCAAAGUUAUAUAGACGAGAAGAAGUUAAACAACAUAACGACAACGAGAAUUCCUGGAUUGUUAUUAAUAACAGUAUUUAUGACGUUACGGCUUUUCUGAAUGAGCACCCUGGAGGUGAAGAAGUACUUUUAGAACAAGCAGGACGUGAUGGCAGUGAGGCAUUUGAUGAUGUAGGCCAUUCUAGUGAUGCUAAAGAGUUAAUGUUGAAAUAUAAAAUCGGAGAAGUCGUUGAAAGUGAACGUCGACCUGUUAAAGAUAAGACAAAUACUUGGUCUACUUCGGACGAUUCCCCACCACAAAGUUCGCUGAAGAGCUGGAUCUUACCUAUCACCAUUGGUAUUUUGGUGACCAUCAUUUAUCGUUACUAUUUCCAAUCACAUUGAAUGGAGGAUAUUACCCAAUCAAAUCUGGGGUUAAUUUAAUUUUAUAUUUUUUCUUAAUUUUGCACUUAUAGGUAAAUGAAAAAUUCAUUUUAGUUUAGGAUCGGUACCUACCCAAAGAACUCAAAUUGAUUGCUGUGGAUUUUUAUGGAGAUGGUUAGUUUAUGUAAUAUGGUGCAAUUUGUUCAUAAGUUAGUUAAGAAAUGUUUGAAUAAUUUUUUACUCUGAACUAUGGUGUAAAACGUAUUUCUAAUAUUAAUUAAUUUUUUUAAUUGGA